AUGAAGCUCGUCAACCUUGCGCUCAUUCCCAUCGUUUCGUAUAUCGUGCUCAACCAGCUGUUCAGCACGUGGCUUCCGAGAAACUACAUUUUCGACAAGACUGAGCUGCAGCAGAUCUGCGUCGGCGCCAUCAAGGCACACCCAAACAACGCGACGGCCAUCAUGUAUGCGGUGCAGGAGAAGAUGUCCGAGGUGUACGGCGACCAGGUGGUCAACAAGCUGAACUUCAACGACUGGGUGUUCAACAACGCCGGCGGAGCCAUGGGCCAGAUGUUUAUUCUGCACGCGUCCGUCUCGGAGUACGUGAUUUUCUUUGGCACUGCCAUCGGAACAGAGGGCCACACGGGCAUCCAUUUUGCAGACGAUUACUUCACAAUUUUGACUGGAGAGCAGCACGCGGCUUUCCCUGGCCAGCUUGAGAGGUCUGUGUAUCUGCCCGGUGACCAGCACCACAUGGCUAAGGGCGAGUUCAAGCAGUAUGCUAUGCCGCCAGGCUCUUUUGCGCUGGAGCUGGCCCAGGGCUGGAUUCCGGCCAUGCUUCCGUUCGGGUUCCUCGAUACGUUUAGCUCGACUUUGGACUUUGUGACUCUGUCGAGGACGAUCUACUUCACAGGCAGGGACAUGCUGAAGAACCUAGCCCACGGCAAAUUUUAG